GAUAAAUAAAUCUGGUCCCGUGUACAGAAGCAAGCGUGUUCGGCGGAUUAAGCGCCAGGUCCACGCCCGAUUCCAUUGAAUUCGAGUCAAUCAUCGCGUCGAUUGUCAGCCUUUGGAUAGCCGCACCAUUCACGGACCGUCAUCCUGACAGGCCCCAGUGCCCCAAGCCCAGCCCCCGUACCGUACCUCCGGUGGAAGAACGUCCUCCGUCGCAAGGCCAGAGUCUCCAGACUCCAUGGAAGAGAACCGAGGCCCCGUCCCGUUAGAGGAGGGAGGGAGGCAGGGGGGAAGCCAGGACAGGAGGACCAGUGACCGGUGGGUGCAGCAGCAGCAGCAGCACGAGAAGAAGGAGCCGUCCAAUGAGAGAAGCCACGGUCGUCGUUGUGUGCGAGGCUGUCAGGAUGAUGAGAGGUUCGAGUCAACCCAGCAGCAGCAGCAGCACAGAGUAUGCGGGGAGGCCGAUGAAUUUGGAUGCUUCGGAGGCAUGUCCAACGAGCUCGGAACGGAACUGAGUUUCACCUUUCUCUCUCCACCUCCAUCUCUCUCUGUAGACCGACCAUCUGCUGCUGCUUGGUCAAGUCAAAGAUUUCUACUUUCGGCCAAACCCGAGAUUUCGUCUGGAGAUGAAUGUGAUGCAAUCCCAAAGAUAGUUAAGACUAAAAGGCACAAUGCAGAAUUCGCAGACUUAAGUGAUGUCAUGAGAGGAUUUCAAUCUGCCUGGACUCCGUCUGCAGCACUUCUGCAGACAGAGUAAAGAGAGGGAGGUGAGUGGCUGCGGAAGAAGAGAAGCAGAACAAGGAGUCCGGGACUCGAGGCUUGAAGCUUGAGGCUUGCGCACACGGAACGUGACGGUUGAUGUGGCUGGCUGGCUGGCUGGAAGAAGAAGCUCGAAGCUCGGAUCAUCGAAUCAUUUGCUAGUGCAUCAUUUCGUGCCUUGUUGCAAUGCAACGUUCUGCGCAUGAGAGAACAUCUAUUGAAUGAACUGUACUUGCGCAUUUGCAUAUUAUUGAGUCCAAUCGAGCCUGUGACAUGUGGAAUUAUGUGCCAAUUGGAAU